AUGAGUUCUUACCAGCAGAAGCAGACCUUUACCCCACCACCUCAGCUUCAACAGCAGCAGGUGAAACAACCCAGCCAGCCUCCACCUCAGGAAACAUUUGUUCCCAUAACCACGGAGCCAUGCCACUCAAAGGUUCCACAACCUGGAAACACAAAGAUUCCAGAGCCAGGCUGCACCAAGGUCCCUGAGCCAGGCUGUACCAAGGUCCCUGAGCCAGGCUGUACCAAGGUCCCUGAGCCAGGCUGCACCAAGGUCCCUGAGCCAGGCAGCAUCAAGGUCCCUGACCAAGGCUGCAUCAAGUUUCCUGAGCCAGGCAGCAUCAAGGUCCCUGACCAAGGAUACACCAAAGUUCCUGUGCCAGGCUACACAAAGGUACCAGAGCCACAUCCUUCAACGGUCACUCCAGGCCCAGCUCAGCAGAAGACCAAGCAGAAGUAA